AAGAAGAAAAAGCUCCGGCGACUAGGAACCAAAACAUCAAGUUGAAAAUUGAAACCUCUAAAUAGUGAAAAGCGUCCGUGUGAAUCUUCUCCGUUAGAUUCGUUUGAGGUAAAUACCGUAUGAAUAACCGGCAAACCGGAAACCGACUCUGAGAGCAGCUGAAGCGUUAUCUCGUCCGUUCGCCGCCGGUGAGGAGCCGCAGCAUGUCGGUACACUUCGAGGAGAAGAGCGGGGUCGUCCCCUGCAAGACCCCCUGGGGGUCCUGGUCCCAGACCAUGGAGGAGGUCUUCGUCGAAGUCAACGUGCCUCACGGGACCUCCGCCAAAGAGGUCAAGUGCCGUCUGGGGAGCAGAGACAUCGAGCUGCACGUCAAAGGGAAAGAAAUAAUCAAGGGAAAGUUAUUCGAUACGACUGUGUCAGACGAAGCCACCUGGACACUCGAAGAUAAAUGUCUGAUCCGGAUCAUUCUGAUGAAAACAAACCGAGAGGCAGGGAACUGCUGGUCCUCGCUGCUGGAGGGGGAGUACUGCGCCAACGCCUGGGUCCAGGACCAGAUGCAGAGAAAGCUCACUUUGGAGAGGUUUCAGCGAGAGAAUCCUGGAUUUGACUUCAGUGGCGCCGAGAUCUCUGGGAAUUUUGCUGGUGGUGGUCCGGACUUUUCCAAUUUACAAAAGUGACUUUUGCCCAAGAUGCAAACCUUGGAGAUGUCCGUCUGCUCAUCAUCCACCAAGUGCAAAGCUCCAGGACUGAAAAGCUUGUCUGUGAUGAAAAAUUAAGAGUUGUCUGAUCUGUAAGACUUAAAAUAGACACAUCAGCACUGUGCUGUGGAUCAUCUGGACUGCCAAGGACUGAGUGUUUUUUUUUUUUUUGUUUUUGUUUUUUUUAAGCUUCAGGUCAUAGGAUGAUGGAAACUAUCUGGUUGCUCCCUGAAAUCCUCACAUAGCUUGAACUUUUCCACAUUUUGUCACGUUACAACCACAAAUGUAAAUAGAUUUUAUGUGACAGACCAACAUGUGCUGCAGAAGUGUGAAGUGAAAGGAAAAUCAUGCAUGAUUUUCAUAUUUUUUUCACAAAUAUUGUGAAGUGUGGCUCUGAUAGCCUGGAAGAAAAAAAAUCCAGCAUCCAAGUGCCUUUAGAAGUCCACCUGUGUGCAAAUCUAAUCUCAGUAUAAGUAUAGCUGUUCCGUGAAGGCCUCAGAUAUUCAACCUGUUUGGUUAUUUUUUAAUACUUUUGCAUCCCACACUUAUUAAAUUGGGGGGAAAAGAUUAAAACUAUCAUUUUCAAUACAUCCCAAAAAAAUCUCAACGAUUUAACAGUUGUAAUGUGGAAAAGUUCAAGGGUUAUGGAUACUUAAAUGUGGAAUAAUGAGGAGAAAACUGCACAGCAAUAGCUUUUCAAUAAAGUUUUAUUGAAAGGUACAAGCACAUGAGUUAAUCAGAUGGUGUGUUCGAUUAUCCAUUUGCAAUCCGAGAACACGUUUUCAUCACUAAAGAGACACAACCAGGGAAAUCCCAACCCACAUUUCCACUGCAAUGACAAACUUCUUUAGUGUUCUCAGCACAAAUGAAAUCGGCACUUGUGCUUCACUCUGUGUCCACAAAU